UCCCACUCCACUCCCAGAAAUACAUGGAUUUUCCUUAAGUUUUCCUUUUUACCGGUUCAUGGUAAAUAAUAUUGAAACUGAUAAAUUGAUAAUCUAAAUGUUAGUUUAUCUUACGGUGCAGUUGUAAAAAAUGCUUGUGCUCAAAACAAAAAUUAAUGAAGCUGGAAGAACUAUGAAUCAUUUAUGUCAUUUAUAAAAUGACAGACCAAAAAUCAGUUAAAACAAUAAUUUCAAUUGGGGCUGGUGUCCUAGUUGUUGCCACUAUUCUGCUUGGGGUUGGAAUAUGGUGCCUCGCCUUUGUGGAUGUGCCUGUGUCAAGGAAACUCGACUGGGAGUACAUGCUAGUAAACAAAUGUAAAGACACGGAGAUAGGCCUACCCUGCGUGAACUUCACGACAUUGAGUACACCCGGUCGCAGGGGUUUGUUCAAGUGUGACUGCGAAUUCCCUUUGGAGCUCAAGCAGGAUCUUCUGGGCGCGGUGACACUGUACUAUGAAUUGCCAGAAUUCGACCAGACCAAUGACGACUUAUGCAUCUUCCAAGGAUGAUCAGCAGUUGAUUGGGAAGCCAGGCGAGCGUCCCGCAGACUCGUGCGGGAAUUUCAGCUACAGCAACGAAAAGCCCAUUUACCCUUGUGGCGAAAUAGCGGACUCCAUAUUUAACGAUACUUUUACUCUUAAGAAAAUAGUUUCAAAAGACCAGAAGGUGACUCUAGAAGUGGAAUAUACGAAUUUAGUGACAGACGACAAAUUGAAAUAUAAAAAUCCUCCAGAAGAAGUAUUAAAGAACUUUACAAGGCCAAUAAAUUGGGGCGGAGAUCCCGAUACAGGGGAUUUGCCGUGGGAGAUUGGAACGAGCAAAAAAGGCGUUGAGAACCCUGCGUUCCAAGCAUGGAUCAACACGAAUCUAAAAAGGAAGCCGGUGUGGCGAGUCAAGAACAUGGGCGAUUACGAGAAGGGGCUGCCUGCUGGAAACUAUAUCAUGUUCAUUGAAAUGCAUUACGGAGUAAACCGAUACGGCGGACCGCGAGUUAUGAUACUCGAAGGAAUGUACACUGAAUCGGUCCGUAGAAGCACGGCUGGCGGCGUCUGUCUCAUACUGCUUGGGUUGAUCGUACUCAUACUAGAAGCUGGAUACAUAUAUAUGCAACGCAAGAACUGGAGUCGGGGAUGGUCACCACAACAGUAAAAAAAUGGGAGAAGACCGCUGGAAAGCUGCCUACAGGCGAUAAGUCCGCUUUUAAGUCACAUGUAGGGUUAUUUUAUGUUAAAAAAAACAAGUCCACCGGUGGCGGUGGCCGAGCUGGGAAUAAAACUCCGGUCUUAAGCUUACGCGGCUAACCUUCUUACCACUAGACCACCCGACCACUCGCUAGUUCAACUGUAUUUAGACAGUUACCCCCUUAUUCAUAAACUUUCACUAAAGUUAUCAAGCCGAUAAAGUUCUUUUGUCCCUUUCUAUCACACCAAUACAUCGGAAAGGGACAAACGAACUUUAUCGGCUUGAUAACUUUAGUGAAUUCAUUUAUUAAUAAGGGGGUUAGUUUCGAAUCCAUUUUUUUUUCUUGAAUAGUUUUAUAAGUGCUGUCACUGGUUCAGUAUCAGUACUUGUAUUAGGUAUAAGGACUAUAGGCUAUAUGUACCCACCUAAGAUGCUUUAGGUUUAUUUAUUAUUUAUUUAUAAAUAUUCUCAAUGUGCUAUAUUUAGUGACUAAGCAUUUGUUUGUUUUUUUAUCAGUUAUUUUCUCACUUACUGUCAUGAAAUGAGAUUAGGUACUUAUAAAGUUAGGAAGGAAGAUUAUUAGGGUUCAUCCACAUAUUACGACACAGAAAUAAAAAAAGAAAAAAUUAAAGAUCUCUUUGAAAAAGUGUGACCUAGAUCGAGUCAAGAUCGAGUGUUAGAAACUUUAGAAAGUACCUAUUAUAAUAAAAUUCUAGUACUACCUUGUAGUGUAAGUAUUAUGCCUUAUUACAUGUAUUAAUAACCUAAGUGACAGCUUAUAUAGUAGACAAAUACACGUGUGUGGGUGAGGUGUAGUGUAGUACACACACUACACCUCCCUUCUUGAUGAAAAAAAAAUGAUUAAAAUAAGUUUUCAAAAGUUAAUCAUUUUUUUUUUG